CCCCAACUCACAACUCAAACUCCCAACUCACAACUUGAAGACUCGUCUAUCAGAGCAGACCUCAAGACUCAGAGAAGAACUUAUAAAAAUAUUUACAGAUUACCCAUUAAAUUUUUUUCACAAUUCCUUAUCAAACGACUUUGGCCACUCACAAUUGCUUUUUUGUUAAGCGUUUUUUCUGACGGUUAGGACCGCUAUUAUUUUUCCCUCUUAUUCCCAUUGGAAAAGUCAUUUUCACACUUUUUCUACACUGAAUCACGUUUCGUGCUGCUUCUCGUCUUCAACGUGUCUGACUCUGUAAAAUCACUUCUCAGAGUAACAAAACAAAACAAAACACCGACGAAGAAGAAUCUCACCGUCGCUAUGGAGUUCGGAGCCACCACAGCGACGCUAACAAAGAAGCUACCUAACGGUCUCGGAGUCAGCGGAAGAUCUGCUUACGACGGUGUUUUCGCUACUCCUGUCAAACUAAGAGCUCCAAGCUUCUCUCAAUUCGAUGAUUACAACGAGAUUUUCGGUAGUUCAGGAGCUUCUUCUUCGAUUCCGAUUCUGGAACUUCCGGAGCUCAACGAGAGGAGAAUAGUGACGGAUGAUGUUCGGCAUUCGAAGCUCGAUUACACGAAGGUCUUCGGCGGUUUUGAGAAUCUAGACACUGCUGUGCCGUUCGAGGAGCUGGUUGCUAAGCCUAGAGAGAAAGGAAGUUCAGCAAAUGGAGCAUCGAAACGGAGUAAAGUCAAAAGUGGAGAACAAUCUUUUCGGGAAGAUCGUACUAGCUCUUCAAAGGAAACUCCGGUGGUAUCACCUUCAUUCCAUGGUGCCAAAAGGAUCAAUAUGUCAUAUCAUAAAGUUAACCAAGGAAAUGAAAGUGGUACAAACGGGACAACACAUAUAGCUCAACUCCAUGCCGUCCCUGCUUACACUUGUUUGAUUGAGGAAGUCGAUUUAGCGAAGAAUAGCAGAGCUAAAAAGUCUGUACCAGUAGCGCAGGAUGCUUAUUCUGAUAGUCAUUGUGAUGAGGGGAUAAGAGAAGGUGAGCGUUGUGCUAAAUCAUUUAUCGAUCCUUCACCCAAUAAUGCCAAGAAACAGUCUACUGAUAAUGGAGUGAAAGCUAAAAGUAGAUCCAACUCCAUACCAGUAGCACAGGAUGCUUAUUCUAAUAGUCAUUGUGAUGAGGGGAUAAAAGAAGGUGAGCGUUGUGCUAAAUCAUUUAUUGAUCCUUCGCCUAAUGCCAAGAAACAGUCUUCCGAAAAUGGAGGGAAUGCUAACAAUGUACCCGAGUCUGUUGACCUGUUUUAUGAUGCAUGCGAGAUUAUCAAUGGAAGUGAUGGAGUUCAUCAAGUCAAAGUUCCGCCUCCGGAGGCUAUGAAAGGGAAUUUGGUUAAUAAUAAUAAUAACAUUGAUGUUUCGAGAUCAAUGGCAACCAAUGGCCAAGCAUCUAAAAGUGGCAGAUAUGACAGUCCUGCUGGUGCCGAUUCGCCAACACACUCAGAAGACACGGUUGACUCCAAUUCAGAAGCAGCAGCUUCUGUAGCAGCUUUAAGGAAGGCAAUAGAAGAGGCUCAAAUGAAAAUAAAGGUAGCAAAAGAAUCAAUGAGAAGAAAGAAAGAAGGCUUUCCUGAUCGUGUCAAACAGAAGUCUAGUAUUGACUUGAAAAUCAGGGAAAAAAAGGAAGCUAAACUUGCAUGCAAAACAAUGAAAGUUAAAGAGAUUAAUACACAGCAAGCAUUUGGAGAAAUGGAUGCUUUGCUGCAAGUUACUUCCGAGGUAGGAAAGCUAAUGACGAGAACAGAGAAAGUAAGAUCAGAUAUUGGGGAUAAAGAAAUGUGUGCUGCCAAUGAAGCUGUACAAGACGCACAUAAUAAAUUGAAAUUUUCUCAAGCAGAACACAAGGAAAAGGUUGAACUGAAAGAAGCAGAUCAUAAAGGAAAUGAUCUUGAGCUUAAAGAGGCAGGAGGUGUUGAAAAAGUCCCGUAUAUUGAAAACACAGGUAGGAAGGUCUCUGAACCAGAAGAAUCUGAUCAUACAAUAGAAAUGGUUGAGGAAUCUUUGGGGCCGGAGAAUGAUGAAGAAAAGGAUCGUGCAGUUAACAAAGCAGGUUCUCAUGAAGAACCUGUCCAUGAAACUGAACAUAGGUGUCAAGAAGUUGCUGGUGAAACAAACCUGAUUCAGGAGACACUUGACAAUGAAAUGAUGGACAAGAGAUUGAAGGUUAAAGAAGUUGAGAGCAAGGCUAAUGAAUCAAAAGACUAUGUAAUUAACCUAGGUGGGCAACCGUCAAUGAUAGGAAAUAAAGAAAAUAUUGGCAAUAAGCCAGAAGGUGGUAAAAAGGUUAAAACCAGAAAAUAUUGGUCCAUUGAGCAGGAAGAAUGCCAAAGAAAUUUGAGAGCUAUUCAGGAACUGGGAAAAGCUGAGGAAAACAUAUCUCAAGAGCAAAAAGAAAGUGAAGACGAUAAAGUUGAAGUGGUCAGUGAGCUGGAAGAAUGUGAAUUGGCAGACUCUCUAGAGCCAAUAGACAAUGAGAGAGCGUGCAGUCUUCAUCAUUCAGAAUUAAUAAGCACGGACAAGGAAACAUAUGACUCGGGGUGUUUAGAGGACAAAAUGAUAAGGAAUACAUCUGGUUUUCUUGAUAUAAAUCAAGAGGUCAAACAUUCCUAUUGGAGAGAAGCCACUGAUGGUAAGUUUAGUGAUAUGUAUGCACAGGAAGUACCGGAGGAUAUUGUUGACCAUAUUUAUGACGAUGAAGAAAUUUACGAAAGAAAUACAAAGGCUAGUGAUUUAGUUGGAAACAUAAGGGUUCAAGAUGCCCAUACUAGUGAAAAUGAACUUGAGGGAGCUACGCAUCUGAUGGAAGAAAAUGAGCGUGAAAGGAAAGACAAGAAGGUCCUAGAAGUAAUUAUAGAGACUCAAAUUGAUCCUAUUUAUGAAGAGAUAAGAGCAGCGGAAUCUGGCAACACCACGAAACCCAGUUCUAGCUAUGAACCAGAUGAAGCUGAGAAGUUGAGCAAAACUCAGGUUUCUAAUACAGUCAAUGAUAAUGAUGAAACUCUUGCAGUAACUCCAGAGUUUUAUUCAUGUGACCUGCAGGAUGAUAUGAUAGUAGAAAGUAAUGCUUCAAUACAACAUCAAGUGAAAUAUGAAGAGCAAGAUUCUGUUCAAGAGACUAAUGAUUUCAGCGAGGAACGUGCAAGCCAGACUUCUUCCUUUGAUCAAGUUGCCCCUGUACUCAGUGAAACACUGCAUCAAAUGAAAAAUACAUUUGAAGCAGUUACCAUUGAAGAUGAUUCUACAAAUGUUGGUGAAAUUGACAUGAAGGUUAGUCAAAAUCAAGAUCAGUGUUUGGAAAAGGCAGAAUCUGAUUGCGAUUUGGCUAUGCUUGUUGAAGAAACAACUCCCGAGUCUAGAGAAAUAUGUAAGGAUGCAAAGGAGGUUAGAGUUGAGUCAGAUGAAGAGAUAGAUGAGAAUAGAUCCAACUCUUCUUGUGAAGCAUCUCAGGUACCUAGUAUGUCUGAAUGGAAAUCAAGCCCCUUCAAAGAAAAGGAAAUUAAAUCAAUUAACAGCAAAAUAAAGGAGACUCAUCAAACAUUCAUGACAAUGGAAGUGAAGGAAGCCAAUGGUAAUGCACAGAAAGUAGAAGUGGAUAAGGAACUCCUCAAGAAAAUUGAUGAAACAAAACGUAAAGAAAGAGAAAAGGAGAAAUUAGCUGUAGAAAGAGCAAUCCGUGAAGCUCGUGAAAGGGCAUUUGCUGAUGCAAAAGAAAGGGCGGCUCUGGAGAGAGUUGCAACCGAAGCACGUCAAAAGAACAUUUUGAAUGGACGAGAAAGGCUAAAAGCCACUAGUCAAGCAAAUGAAAAAACACCGGCUGAGAAGGCUGUUAUGGAAGCAAAACUCAAAGCUGAACGUGCCGCUGUGGAGAGAGCAACUGCAGAGGCAAGAGCACGUGCCCUGGAGAGGGCACUGUCUGAGAAGGCUGCUUCUGAUGCUAGAAAUAAAUCCGACAAGUCUGUUGGUGCUUCCAGAGGUAAUGGAAUGAAGCAAAACUUCCAUUCAAAGUCUUUCAGCUAUGGUGUUCGUGAUUCUCCCGAGGUCUUGGAUGGAGCUAACGUUGACUCUGCUCAGAGAUGUAAAGCUAGGUCCGAGAGGCAUCAGAGAAUAGGGGAUCGUGUGGCAAAGGCUCUUGCAGAAAAGAGUAUGCGUGAUCGGCUUGUGCAGAAAGAGCAAGACGAGAGAAAUAGGGUAGCUGAAGCUCUGGAUGCCGAUGUUAAAAGGUGGUCAAGUGGGAAAACAGGAAACUUGAGAGCAUUGCUUUCAACAUUACAAUAUAUCCUUGGGCCCGAUAGUGGUUGGCAAUCAAUUCCUUUAACAGAAAUAGUAACAACACCUGCUGUAAAGAAAGCUUAUCGAAAAGCCACUCUUUGUGUGCAUCCAGACAAGCUGCAGCAGCGUGGGGCUAGCGUUCAGCAAAAGUACACUUGUGAGAAGGUUUUUGAUCUUCUGAAGGAAGCUUGGAACAGAUUCAACAUGGAAGAAAGGUGAAGAGUGCAUGGUAAUUUGGCUUCCCGAUGGUCAUGCGCUCGAUGAUGAUGAUUCUUUCAAGUGAAUAGUUCAAUUAAAAGUAAGCUCAUAUUGUAUGUAGUAGGCAAAUUUAGAUGGCCUGCAGGUGAAAACUUUCAAUAUAUAUAAUAGUUCAUAUUGUUCUAUUCUACAUUUUUAUAGGGAGUAUUUUGAUGAUCUAUUCAUUUUUUCCUAAAAUAUUAUCAAAAUAGGAAUUAUUCUUGCAAAGUACAAUUUGAGGACUGCAAUUUUAAUUAAAAUUUAAUAGAGAAAAAAUUUUGAAAGCUUGACUGCAAUUUUAUUUAAAAUUUAAUAGGGAGUAAAUUUGAAAAGCUUGUGACUUUGUAGGGUUUGAAAACAUACUUAAUCUAAUAAUAGUUUAUACAUGACUAUAAAGUAAACUUCUACAAACACAUUUCCAUCAAUUUCUUCAUAGAUUGCAAUUCCAAUUCAUAGUUUUUUCAAAAACUGUAAAUGAUAGUAUUACAAUAUAAGCCAAAUAAAUAUACAUGAUCCCAAAACAUGUUUGACAACAGACAAUAACGCCCACAAAGGAAACACAUAAUAGAAAAACUGAAACUAAACACUGCAAUUACAUUACAUAACAACUCAACAUUUCUUCAUUGGAUGCGAUAUAGGCUCAGUUCAAAGUGGCCAACCAACUAUCGAAGUGAAACAGGUUUUAUUUUAUUCUGCCAAUAUGGUUAUCAUUCAUCAACCAUGUAGUUACUCGCCAAGCACAUGUAGCAUUAUGGCAUUCUGUGCAUGCAAUCGAUUCUCAGCUUGAGCAAAGAUAAUCGAUUUUGGGCCUUCAAUAACUUCCUCCGUCACCUCCACUCCUUUUUCUGCUGGUAAGCAAUGCAUGAACAAUGCAUUUGGGCCAGCUAAAUCCAUGAGACUUUGGUCCACCUGCAGAAUGCGAUUAUCAUUUCAUGUAAACCCUAACUGGUUCGAUUGAAACAUUUUAUCUUUAUUAAUUUUGGAUGAAAUAUCAUAUUAUGUAUUGUACCUGAAAUCCAUUGAACUUCAAACGGCGCUGUUGUGCUUCUUCCUUUUGCCCCAUGCUUGCCCAGACAUCUGUAUAAACAAUAUCAGCUCCUUUGACAGCUUCUUUGGGAUCAUUAGUUAUCACAAUCUUGCUGACUCCAGCUUGACGCGCCUUCUCAACUAAUUUUGCAUCUGGUUCAAAGCCUUUUGGAGUUGCACAAGUGAAGUGAAUAGGAAAUAAACUUGCAAGCUCCAGCCAUGAAUGAACAACAUUAUUUCCAUCUCCAACAUAUGCAAUCUGUGCAUAUUGCAGAACAUGUUCAUUCAAAAGACAUUUACAUAUUUUUCUAAGUUCUAAAUCAUAAAUCUUAAAUCCCAAAGCAGCAUAAUCUGACCUUGGUGCCUUCAAUCCGACCGAGAUGCUCAAUUAGAGUGAUGGCAUCUGCCAUUAUCUGGCAGGGGUGAUUGUAAUCUGUCAAUCCAUUGAUGACAGGUACAGUUGCAUACUUUGAAAGAGUAAGUAUGUCCUGCCAUAAAAACCAAGGUAAAC